AUGCAACAUUCAGUACAAGCAGCAAUUUUUCCGCAAAGAGCGGGUGGCUGUACGUUUGAGGAACAUUACAGCAGCUGUGGUUACAGUGUGGCUCUGGGUACCAGUGGGUUCUCAUGGGAGCAGGUGAACACGUGGGAGAGACCCCCAUUUGACCCUGCUAUACCAACAGGUUCGUUUAUGUUGGUGAACAGCUCUGGAUUUGCUUCCGGCCAGAAGGCUCACCUUCUCCUACCUGUGCUCAAAGAGAACGACACACACUGUGUUGACUUCCAUUACCACCUAUCAGGACGGUCCAGCCCCGGCACAUUAAAUGUAUAUGUGAAAGUAAAUGGUGGACCCCAAGGAAAUCCAGUGUGGAAUGCAUCUGGGGUGGUGACCGAAGGAUGGGUCAGAACUGAACUAGCCAUCAGUACCUUCUGGCCCAACUUCUAUCAGAUCAUUUUUGAAGCUGUGUCUGUUAAAGAUCACUCUGGAUACAUUGCUGUAGACGAGGUCCGGGUGCUAGCUCAUCCUUGCCGUAAUGCUCCUCAUUUUCUUCGCUUACAGAAUGUGGAAGUUAACGUUGGCCAAAAUGCCACAUUUCAGUGUAUUGCAGGGGGGAAAUGGUCCCAACAUGACAAGCUCUGGUUGCAGCAAUGGAAUGGCCGUGACACUGCUCUCAUGGUUACCCGCGUGGUUAAUCACAGACGCUUCUCAGCCACAGUCAGUGUUGGAGACACCUCUCAGCGUAGUAUCAGCAAAUACCGCUGCGUGCUGCGCUCUUCAGGUGGAUCGGGGGUCUCUAACUAUGCAGAACUCAUUGUAAAAGAACCCCCCACUCCCAUUGCACCUCCUGAGCUACUGGCGGUGGGGGCUACAUACUUAUGGAUAAAACCAAAUGCCAACUCUAUUAUUGGGGAUGGACCAAUUGUUCUGAAGGAGGUGGAGUACAGGACAACAUCUGGAAGCUGGGCAGAGACACAUGUGAUGGAUGGACCCACAUACAAACUGUGGCACUUGGAUCCUGAUGUAGAGUAUGAGAUUCGUGUCCUGCUCUCACGCCCAGGGGAGGGGGGCACAGGACCACCAGGCCCCCCACUCACCACUAGGACCAAGUGCGCUGACCCUGUUCAUGGCCCUCAGAAUGUGGAGAUUGUUGAUAUUCGCUCUCGCCAGCUGACUCUUCAGUGGGAGCCAUUUGGAUACUCGGUCACCAGGUGUCACAGCUACAACCUGACUCUGCACUACAGUUUCCAGCUAGGGGAGGAGCGGGUGGAGACUGAGGAACUGAUCCUGACCUCCAGUCAUUACACUUUACGUGGCCUCCGUCCCCAUACUGCAGUCUACCUGCGUCUUGCCCUCUGCAACCCUGAGGGUAGAAAAGAGAGUGGAGAGAUUGUGGUACACACGGAGGAGGAUGUACCUGGCCCCAUCCCUCUUGAAUCUAUUCAAGGAGGACCCUUUGAGGAGAAGAUUUACCUGCAGUGGAAGCCGCCUAAUGAGACCAACGGAGUCAUAUCAAUGUAUGAGAUCUCUUACAAAGCUGUGGGUUCUUUGGAUCCCAGUGCUGAGCUAACCAAUCAGAAGGGCCGGAUCUUCAAGCAGCGGAAUGAGACACACCACUUAUUUGUGGGAUUGUAUCCAGGAUCAACCUACACCUUUACAAUUAGAGCCAGCACCAGCAAAGGCUUCGGACCACCAGUCACUGCUCGCAUUGCUACCAAGAUAUCAGCUCCAUCUUUGACGGACUCUGAAGCUGAACUGCCACUAAAUGAAACAGAAACUACCAUUACUGUUUGGUUGAAACCGGCACAAUCUCGGGGAGCUCCUGUCAGUGUAUACCAGCUAGUGGUGAAGGAGGAGCGGGCUCUGAGGUUGGGCCGGGCAGCAGAUGGCAGUGGAUGUUUCCCAGUACCAGUAAGCUACCGUAAUGCUACUGCUCUGGAGUUCCCUCAUUACUUUGCUGCUGAGCUGAAACCUGCACAGCUUCUAGCAACACAACCGUUCACUGUAGGAGAUAACAAAACAUACAAUGGCUUCUGGAACCCUCCUCUUUCACCUGUAAAGAGUUACAGCAUCUAUUUUCAAGCUAUGAGCACAGCAAAUGGGGAGACAAAGAUCAGCUGUGUCCGCCUAGCCUCAAAAGCAGUAACGGCCGGCUUUCUUUCCAUCACUCGCAACCCCCCAAGCCAGCCUUUCACAGGGGCCUCUACACAGAAUACCAACACUGUGGAGCCAGAGAAGCCCACGGACAGUACAGUACAAACGGCUGGAGUGAUCGCAGGAAUGCUGAUGUUUAUCAUCAUUCUUCUUGGGGCCAUGAUGACUAUAAAGAGAAGAAGAAAUGUGUACUCCUAUUCAUACUAUCUGAAAUUGGCCAAGAAACAGAAGGAAACCCAGAGCGGGUCCCAGAGGGAAAUGGGUCUAGUGGCUUCAGACAAAAGCUCCAGCAAAUUGAGCUCGACUCGCAAUGAGGACACCUUCUCCAGCUGCCAAGACGUGAAUGGAUUCAGCACUGCUUCCCCAUGCUCUUUCUCUGUACAAUGCAAAAAUCUGCAGGGAAAAGCCCUACUCAACUCUUGCUACUCAGUCUCCUCAGAUACUGUGCCCUCCUCAACCCUUUUAGAUAGCAGCCAUGUGGAACUGAACCAGCCCACAAUGACCAUACAGACCCACCCAUACCGUACAUGUGAGCCUCUGGAAAUGGCAUAUCCCCGUGGUCAACUCCAACCUGCCAUACGAGUAGCAGAUCUUCUGCAGCAUAUCACCCAGAUGAAGAGGGGGCAGGGCUAUGGCUUUAAAGAGGAGUAUGAGGCUCUCCCUGAGGGGCAGACAGCAUCAUGGGACACAGCUAAGGAAGAUGAGAACCGCAACAAGAACCGCUACGGGAACAUCAUCUCCUAUGAUCAUUCGCGAGUCCGUUUACAGCAGAUAGAAGGGGAUCCUCACUCUGAUUAUAUAAAUGCCAACUAUGUGGAUGGUUAUCAUCGACCUCGUCACUAUAUUGCCACACAAGGUCCCAUGCAAGAAACAGUUAAAGAUUUCUGGAGGAUGAUCUGGCAGGAAAACUCCAUCAGCGUGGUCAUGGUGACAAAUCUGGUAGAGGUUGGACGAGUAAAGUGUGUCAGAUAUUGGCCAGAUGACACAGAGGUGUAUGGAGAUAUCAAGGUAUCUCUGAUAGAGACAGAGCCACUUGCAGAAUAUGUGAUCCGCACAUUCACUGUGCAGAAGAAAGGCUCCCAUGAUAUCAGAGAGAUCCGCCAGUUCCACUUCACCAGCUGGCCAGACCAUGGGGUGCCUUGCUAUGCCACAGGGCUUCUGGGCUUUGUCAGGCAGGUGAAAUUCCUCAACCCACCAGAUGCUGGAUCCAUCACUGUGCACUGCAGUGCUGGAGCCGGACGGACUGGGUGUUUCAUAGCCAUUGAUAUUAUGCUGGACAUGGCAGAAAAUGAAGGAGUGGUGGAUAUAUUCAACUGUGUGCGGGAACUCAGGGCCCAGAGAGUCAACAUGGUACAGACAGAGGAGCAGUAUGUAUUUGUACAUGAUGCUAUCCUGGAAGCCUGUCUAUGUGGUAACACCGCCAUUCCAGUGUGUGAAUUCCGCUCUGUCUAUUACAACAUCAGCCGCUUGGAUCCACAGACCAACAGCAGCCAGAUUAAAGAUGAAUUCCAGACUCUUAACAUUGUGACCCCACGGGCUAGACCAGAGGACUGCAGCAUAGGGCUUUUACCCCGGAACCAUGACAAGAACCGUGGCCUGGAUGUUCUACCACUUGACCGCUGCCUGCCCUUCCUCAUAUCAUUAGAUGGGGAGACCAGCAACUACAUCAACGCUACACUCAUGGACAGUCAUAAAAAGCCAGCUGCCUUUCUGGUGACACAGCAUCCACUGCCAAACACUGUGCCUGACUUCUGGAGAUUGGUUGACUACAACUGCUCCUCCAUUGUGAUGCUUAAUGAGAUGGACGCAUCCCAGCUUUGUCUCCAGUACUGGCCAGAGAAGACCUCUUGCUGCUAUGGCCCAGUGCAGGUGGAGUUUGUUUCCGCUGAUAUUGAUGAGGAAGCCAUAAGCCGGAUAUUUCGGAUCUGUAACAUGGCUAGGCCUCAGGACGGUUAUCGCAUUGUGCAACACCUGCAGUAUAUCGGGUGGCCUGCAUACAGGGACACACCACCCUCCAAACGCUCUAUUCUAAAGGUUGUCCAGAAGCUGGAGAAGUGGCAGGAGCAGUAUGAUGGAAGGGAAGGCAGAACAGUUGUUCACUGUUUGAACGGAGGAGGUUCGCAUGCGGGAACAUUUUGUGCCAUCUGCAGUGUAUGUGAAUGGUCCAGCAGCAGAAACAUCAUUGACGUAUUUCAUAUUGUAAAAACUUUGCGGAAUAACAAGGCCAACAUGGGUGGAGUCACUGGUGAUUGA